CUUGGUCAGCCGGAUCAAUCUCGCGAGAAGAGCCACCCUAGGACGGAAAGAUGGCGCCUCCCAGUCCCCGGGAGCAACAGGCCGCGCCGGCCACCAGCGCGACCAAGCCUGACGAGGAAAUGGUGCUGCCUGGCUUCCCCGACGCAGACAGCUUCGUAAAAUUUGCCCUCGGGUCAGUAGUGGCGGUGACCAAAGCAUCUGGGAGCCUGCCACAGUUUGGUGACGAGUAUGACUUUUACCGAAGUUUUCCCGCCUUCCAGGCGUUUUGUGAAACCCAAGGAGACAGGUUGCUUCAUUGCAUGAGUAGGGUAAUGCAGUACCACGGGUGUCGCAGCAACAUUAAAGAUCGGAGGACCGUGACUGAAUUGGAGGACAAGUUCGAUUUACUGGUUGAUGCCAACGAUGUGAUUUUGGAGAGAGUGGGUAUAUUACUGGAUGAAGCAUCAGGUGUGAAUAAGCACCAACAGCCCGUCCUCCCUGCAGGACUGCAGGUCCCCAAAACAAUAGUGUCUAGCUGGAACCGGAAGGCAGGAGAAUAUGGGAAAAAAGCAAAAUCUGAGACUUUCCGACUGCUGCAUGCAAAAAACAUCCUCCGACCUCAGCUCAGAUUUCGGGAGAAGAUUGAUAAUUCCAACACGCCCUUUCUCCCCAAAAUCUUUGUCAAGCCCAAUGCUCAGAAGCCCCUCCCUCAGGCUCUCUCAAAAGAAAGGCGGGAACGUCCACAAGAUCGUCCUGAGGACCUGGACGUGCCCCCUGCCCUGGCAGAUUUCAUCCAUCAGCAGAGGACCCAGCAGGUUGAACAGGAUAUGUUUGCACAUCCUUAUCAGUAUGAACUCGAUCACUUCACUCCGCCUGAGUCAGUGCUUCAGAAGCCGCGGCCACAGUUGUUCAGACCUGUGGAAGAGACACCCUGCCACUUUGUAUCCUCCCUGGACCAACUCGUGGAGCUCAACGAGAAGCUCCUGGGUUGUCAGGAGUUUGCAGUGGAUCUAGAGCAUCACUCAUACAGAAGCUUCCUAGGAUUGACCUGCCUGAUGCAAAUUUCCACCCGGACAGAAGACUUCAUCAUUGACACCCUAGAGCUUCGAAGUGACAUGUACAUUCUCAACGAGAGCCUCACAGACCCGGCCAUCGUUAAGGUCUUCCAUGGUGCUGACUCUGACAUAGAGUGGCUACAGAAAGACUUCGGGCUCUAUGUGGUGAACAUGUUUGACACACACCAGGCAGCACGGCUUCUCAACCUGGCUCGUCACUCACUUGACCAUCUGCUGAGACUGUACUGUGGUGUGGAGUCAAACAAGCAGUAUCAGCUGGCAGAUUGGAGGAUACGCCCUCUGCCAGAGGAAAUGCUGACCUACGCCCGGGAUGACACCCAUUACCUGCUUUACAUCUAUGACCGUAUGAGGCUGGAGCUGUGGGAGAGAGGCAACGACCAGCCUGUCCAGUUGCAGGUGGUGUGGCAGCGGAGCAGGGACAUAUGCCUCAAGAAAUUUGUCAAGCCUAUCUUUACGGACGAGUCCUACCUUGAGCUGUAUCGAAAGCAGAAAAAGCAUUUGAAUUCACAGCAGCUGGCGGCCUUUCAGCUGCUGUUUUCCUGGAGGGAUAAAACAGCCCGCAGGGAGGAUGAGAGCUACGGAUAUGUUCUACCCAAUCACAUGAUGCUAAAGAUAGCCGAGGAACUGCCUAAGGAACCUCAAGGCAUCAUAGCUUGCUGCAACCCGGUCCCACCUCUUGUUCGGCAGCAGAUCAAUGAGAUGCAUCUCUUAAUCCAGCAGGCUCGAGAGAUGCCCCUGCUCAAGUCUGAAACUGCAGCUGGAGUGAAGAAGAGCGGACCACUGCCUAGCGCCGAGAGAUUGGAGAAUGAGCUCUUUGGACCCCAUGACUGUUCCCACGCCCCUCCAGAUAACUACUCGAUCACCCCAACUGAUGGGUCUGUGCCACUUCAGAAACAGCCAAGCCUCUUUGCUGAGGGCGAAGAAGAGAUCUCUGUGGAUGCCAGGUGCCUUUUUGCUACAGCCGUCAUCACUAUCUUUAGUGUGAGUAGCAAGAAAAUUCACCAGGGGAACUCAGGGUCCUGGGGUUGGGUGCUCUUAGCACAUGGGCUGUCUGCCUGGAGGUGGUGUGCAUGUCCUUCUGAGACCAGUGCCAGAAGGAAAGCUAGAGAGAGGUGUGGAUCAGUGUGGGGGGGGGUAUCUCCUGAGCACUGGGGUGCUGUGUGUAGAGAGGAAAGAGGCAAAGAAUGCGACUCUGAUGCUGGUGAGAAAAGGCAGCCUAGGUCUCCUGACAUGAAAGAGACCGGCACGGAUCCCCGGGAAUGUUGGGUGGACAAAUGGCAAGAAGUCCACAUGUGGUUCUUUCUCACAGCUGCCCGGAAACACGCAAAGGAGGAGUCUGAGGCUGCUGCGCUGGAACAGGCCAUCCCGGUGCGGCAACAGGCCGCACUAGAAAAUGCCACUAAGAAGAGAGAGAGAGCCACAAGUGACCUGAGGACCACAGAACAAAAGCAGGAGAAGAAACGGUUGAAAAGCUCCAAGAAACCCAAGGAUCCAGACCCCCCAGGAAAGGAUUUCACACCUUACGACUACAACCAGUCAGACUUCAGGGCCUUUGCUGGGGACAGCAAAUCCAAGCCCUCCUCCCAGUUUGACCCAAAUAAGCCGGCACCUUCUGGCAAGAAAUGUGUUGCAGCCAAGAAAUGUAAACAGUCGAUGGGGAACAAAAGCAUGUCGUUUCUGGCUGGGAAGUCAGACAGAGGCUUCCGGCACAACUGGCCAAAGAGAUAGUGUUGGAGAGAUUCCUGGAGCUGCAGGCAGUGUUACUUUGUACAAACCCAUUUUAAUUUUAGAAUCAUUAAAAUCCAUUCCUACUGAUAGAA